AUGGAUGUAAAAAGCAGGUCAAUUGCAUUGACCAUGGUCAUGUUUUUUCUUCUCCUUUUUGCCAUUUUCCCAACCUCUUUCUCACAACUCCAUCAUCUCCUCAACACCACCCAGAACCCCAACCCCGCAAGCCGUGUUCAGUCUUCUGCUGCUUACCUUAUUCAAGGAAAUGUGUAUCCACUUGGGUAUUACACGGUGAACCUUGCCAUUGGCAAUCCCCCUAAGAUUUAUGAUUUUGACAUCGACUCUGGUAGUGAUCUCACUUGGGUUCAGUGUGAUGCACCAUGUAAAGGUUGCACCAAGCCACCCGAACAACUUUAUAAACCUAAAGGCAACCUGGUGCCACAUACGGAUCCUUUGUGUGGUGCAAUCCAAUCACCACGAAAUCAUCCUUUUGCUUCCACAAAUGAGCAAUGUGACUAUGAGAUUGAGUAUGCAGACCAUGGAUCGUCUCUGGGUGUAUUAUUCCGUGAUUCUCUUCAUAUUGCCCUUCUAUUUCCCCAUGCCUCUUCAAUUAGCCCCAUGCUUGCCUUCGGGUGUGGCUAUGAUCAAACGUAUUCUGGUGACAACCCUCCACCUUCGACUGCAGGGGUCCUUGGCCUCGGCAAUGGCAGAGCAAGCAUUUUGUCCCAGCUUCAUUCUCUUGGCUUUAUUCGCAAUGUGGUAGGUCACUGCUUAAGUGGGAAAGGAGGAGGGUUCUUAUUCUUUGGAGAUAAGCCAAUUCCCUCAUCUGGAGUUGUUUGGACACCCAUAUUGCAGAGUUCCUCCGAAAAACACUACAAAACAGGUCCAGCAGACUUGUUCUUCAACGGGAAACCAACUUCUGUCAAGGGUCUUGAACUUACAUUUGAUAGUGGCAGCUCCUACACAUACCUCAAUUCCCAAGCUUAUAAAGCUCUUCUUGAUUUGGUAACUAAUGAUUUAAAGGGGAAGCCGUUGAAUAAAGCAACUGAGGAUCCAUCACUUCCGAAUUGUUGGAAGGGUGCAAAGCCUUUCAAAUCUCUCGGUGAUGCCACGAACUAUUUUAAGCCCUUACUACUGAGCUUCACAAAAUCUAAGAAUUCGCAGCUGAACCUAACACCAGAAGCUUAUCUAAUUGUCACUAAAUAUGGCAAUGUUUGCCUGGGGAUUCUAAAUGGCACUGAAAUAGGACUAGGAAAUAUAAACAUAAUUGGAGACAUCUCUUUACAAGAUAAGAUGGUGAUUUAUGACAAUGAGAAACAGCAGAUUGGAUGGGCCGUUGCCAAUUGUGAUAAUCUUCCCAAUUCAUAA